UGACCCGUGCUGUGGGUUAACACCGCUUUUAGGAAUGGCGGUGAACUGAGAGGCGACCGGAAGUACAGGAAAGAAGUAACAAGCCAUGAUUUCGGAGUAUUUCCGCUAGAGGGGUAGAUAUUAUAAUUGUUAAGGAGGUUUAUUUAUUCAGUCUUUGGAGUUUUCUUUCCCUCAUCGACAUGGAGCAGCCGGUGCCUAAAAAUAAACUGAAGAAGCUUAGUGAAGACAGUCUCACCAAACAACCAGAGGAAGUCUUUGACGUCCUCGAAAAGCUGGGUGAAGGGUCCUAUGGAAGUGUUUUCAAAGCAAUCCAUAAAGAAUCAGGCCAAGUGGUGGCCAUUAAGCAGGUUCCUGUGGAGUCGGACCUGCAAGAGAUCAUCAAGGAGAUCUCCAUUAUGCAGCAAUGUGACAGUCCCUAUGUAGUGAAGUACUAUGGCAGUUAUUUUAAAAACACAGACCUGUGGAUCGUAAUGGAGUACUGUGGCGCCGGCUCCGUAUCCGAUAUUAUCCGCUUGCGUAACAAAACACUCACAGAAGAAGAGAUUGCGACGAUCCUUAAAUCCACAUUGAAAGGUCUUGAGUAUUUGCACUUCAUGCGAAAGAUCCACAGAGACAUCAAAGCUGGAAAUAUUCUUCUUAACACUGAAGGACACGCCAAACUGGCAGACUUCGGAGUGGCUGGACAGCUUACUGACACGAUGGCGAAGAGGAACACUGUGAUUGGCACGCCGUUCUGGAUGGCUCCAGAGGUGAUUCAGGAGAUUGGCUAUAAUUGCGUGGCAGAUAUCUGGUCUUUGGGCAUCACAUCUAUAGAAAUGGCGGAGGGCAAACCUCCUUAUGCAGACAUUCAUCCAAUGAGAGCGAUUUUUAUGAUUCCAACAAAUCCGCCACCAACAUUCCGGAAACCCGAGCUGUGGAGUGACGAAUUUACAGACUUUGUGAAGAAAUGUUUAGUGAAGAACCCAGAGCAGAGAGCCACAGCUACCCAGCUCUUACAGCACCCCUUUAUAACAAGUGCUAAACCGGUGGCCAUUCUGAGGGACCUGAUCACAGAAGCGAUGGAGAUGAAGGCAAAGAGACAACAAGAGCAGCAACGUGAGCUGGAAGAGGAGGAUGAAAACUCUGAGGAGGAGGUAGAGGUGGAUUCUCACACCAUGGUGAAGUCUGGCUCAGAAAGCGCCGGCACCAUGAGAGCAUCAGGCACUAUGAGCGACGGCGCUCAGACCAUGAUUGAGCAUGGUAGCACCAUGCUGGAAUCAGACCUGGGCACCAUGGUCAUCAACAGUGAUGAUGAAGAUGAUGAUGAAGAUGUGGGCUCAAUGAGGAGAAACCCGACAGUGCCGCAAGGCCAGCGCCCAUCUUUUAUGGAUUACUUUGACAAGCAGGAUUCAAACAAAGCACAACAAGAGGGUUACAAUCACAACCAGCAUGACCCUUACCAUAUGCCCAAAACAGCUUUUCCAGACAACUGGAAAGUACCACAGGAUGGAGACUUUGAUUUUCUGAAAAAUCUCGACUUCGAGGAGCUACAGAUGCGCCUCAGUGCUCUGGACCCCAUGAUGGAGCGCGAAAUCGAGGAGCUUCGGCAGCGUUACACGGCAAAGCGGCAGCCUAUUCUCGAUGCCAUGGAUGCCAAGAAGCGCCGGCAACAAAACUUCUAGGACUGAUUCCGAGAAAGAAAGCAAGUAAAAUUCAGACAACAAAAAGAACUGGCAGGCCAGAUUAUGUCCCCAAUUAGAGUCUUAUAUUGUUUCACUCCUGAUUGCUGAGCCUCUUACUGUUUGCCCUCAGCUGCUGAUUAGCCACAAGAGCAUCUGGCUAAGUAUUAGAAUGCUGUUUUACUUUAUUUCUAAGGAAUCUAUCUGAGGCCUGAGCCUUGGAUUGCACGCCGUACAAGUACACAAGUACAGCAACGAACGAGAAGAUAAGUGUCAAGGCGAAGAUAGAAAUUGUGAAGGUUUUUAUUUAGCGCACUCAUCUAAUCGAUCUCUACACUUCUUCAAAUCUGAAUUGAACGGAAUAGAAGACAGGAGGUGUUAAUGUCCUUUUUUUCUCUAUAAAUGACAUCAUGUAAUACUGCAACAUGGCUGCAGUCUGGAGCCAUGAUCUUUAUCGUUAUGUCUGAGUCCCACUUUGUACUGAGGUGUUUUGUGCUGUUGUUUAUACCAAUAGCAAUUCUGUUUAUCGUAAACUCCAGUGAACAAUAUGUUAAAGCAUAAUAACACACAGUAACUGGUAGAUUUGUAUCUGGAGCAGAAAUGUUAGAUUAGGUUUAAAGCAUUACUAAAACAUAAUUAAAACCUCUGCAGAGGUGCCAACAUUUCUAACAGAAAUGAGACAAGCAGCAGAAAAGAUUAAAAGCCUAAAAAAUUAACAGCUGCUCCAUAAAUUUUUUUUCAGCAAAUCAGACCGCAUCACCGAAUUGUUUUCUAUGUAGACGUUCAUAACGCAGGUGCAAAAAGAAAGUAAUCACUCCUAGGAGUAAAUGUGUGUCUUUUCAUAUUUCACAGUACUUUCCCUUUGGUAAAUUGGCUGUUCUGCUGGGUGAAACAUUUUUAUUCACGUUUUGUCAGAUUUAUCGGAAAGAAAAGACCCACACCUAUGCUCAGGUAUCUCCAAUUUAGCAUUAACAAGGAGUAAACAAAAUGUAAAUCUCUGUCUAAACCAGGCAUUCCAAAACUCGGCGUCAUGACCUCAGAUGGGGAGCAAUUAAAAAAAUUGUCCGCUAAUAAAUUGAAAUGUUACUGGGAGUGACAUUCAGACGCAUCAUGGUUAAAAUUAUAUGUAAGCUUCAUUUUAUGUUAGUGUUUGUCUUUAUAAUGAUGUGCUGCACUAGCGUAGUUCAGCAAUAAAAAUAAGCAAAUAUUACCCCGUGUAUCUGCCUUUACAAAACAUCACAAAUCAUACACUUUGUGUACUUUAGUGUGGUUAUUGCGUACAAACAAAAACAGGUUGGAUUUUAAAAACGUCGAACCUACCGUAAAACUCUGGUUCAGGAAUUUUCUAGAUUACUAAAUCAGAAUAUUUUUUUGGUUUAGAGAUGCAGCCCAUGAGAGUAAUCAUAAUAACAACAGUAGAACUUUUGGGUAAAAUCACUAUAUAUUAUACAGUCUGACCUGAAGGACGUAGGUGUUAUGGCUCAGACGUCCCAUCAAACGAGUUUUGCUUUUAAAUCAUCCAUAUCCGCACAACAUACACACCAGGUGUAUGAACAACGCCGCCACUCGCAUAACCACUACUUCUGCACACAAAUGAAAUCAUGUGUCGAGUAUAAACCAGGCUCCUUUCAUUUACAUCUCACUAUCCUAAAUAAGAGCAUUUCCCUAUAUCUUCAAUUUACAAAUGUAGGGCAAUUAAGGCUUUUGACUAACACAUUCACAAUGUCCAUUUCAGGAAACAUUUUAGGAACGCCUGGAUAGAUAUCAGCGCCUCUGUAAUCAUGUGACUAUUUGGAUGAAUUAUGACAUGACCUACGGUUGGAUUUUAAUGAAUAAUUAAAGUAAACCAAAGACAAUCAAACUAGCUUUCAUUAGUCAACUCAGACUUGUAGUCUUAAAUGGGCUUCUUUUAGUUCAUCUGGAAUUGAUCUGAGUGAAGGGACAAGGUUUUAACUAGACAGUGCGUUUGAAGCUUGAAAUGAAUUGGAUUUAGUGAAACAAUUAUUAUACUUGUCAUCCCUACGGUUAUUAGGCUUCUGCUUAUGGACCGCACCCUAUCUCUGUAAAUAUGCAUGGAGUAUUUAAGUUUGAUUCUUAUAUUGAAUGUUACUUUUCUUGUAUUUGUCUAUUUUUUUCCCACAUUGAUUUAUUCCUAUGCUCAGUAAAACACUCCUGUAAAGAAGUGCGAAUCACACAUCCUCAGACUGGCACUUUAUCUCAGGGGUUGAUGAACAGUACUUUGUCCUGAUUGGUUGUUUUACAAUGGCAUUUCGGGUGUGUCUAUGGGACCAGCGUUACGUCGAGUGUCCGUUCCUGGUACUUGAGCAAUACAACAAACAUAAUCUCAAAAAAAUAGUUUUACCACGUAAUAAUGUAAUGAGGAGGAAACGUACACAUGGAGUGAUGAAGUACAGCUAUGUGAUGUAGAACACGGACCUUUAAAAUCAUUACCAGUUUUCCCCACUGAGGCCUAUUGUGGACAUUUUGGUAAUAUUGUCUGAAGAUAAUGUUUGGUGGAUCGCUUUGUACAAGUACUUGCUUAUGAAUUGCAUUUGAUCGUGCUUAAAAUGCCUUACUUCUGUCUUUGAUUAGUUAUAUCAUUUUCAUUCUUUCUGACAUGUAUUAUAAAACUCCACUCUAUUCUAAUUUAUUGUGCAGUUUUUAUAUCUGUUAAUAGCUGCUUUUGCAUGAAAAGCUUUCUCAAUUUCCUCACAUACAUCACAGCUCUGACUGGUGGUGUUUCCUAGUUUUCAUCUCCCCUGAAAUUAUAGAUGGAAUUUUGAGAGAGGUUUUUGUGCAAUAGAAAUGUUACACACUCCCCUGAGAGGGAAGUCUUUAAUAAACGUCACUUUCUUGUCACAAA